CAUAUGGAGUUGCCCACCAUUCAAGCUAUAACAGCUUCAACUCCUCUGGGAAGGGUUUCCACAAGAACUAGGAGUGUGUUAAUGGUCAUUUUCAUCAUUCUUCGAGAAGGCCUGGCUCUCACAAUCUCUGCACUCAUUCAUCACAAUGGUGUUCAGUUGGGUUGAGGUGAAUUGAGUCUAACAGAAGAUGACAUCCAUUUCACAGCAGCUUCGGAACACACUGGAUCGUCUUGACGGAGAUCAACUGAAGAGGUUUAAAUGGCACUUUAAAGAUGAUGGUGUUACUUCAGCGGUAGAUGUGGAGAAGUCAGAAGAUGUCAGUGACACGGUGGAUCUGAUGCUGGCACAUUGUGGACCUAAAGGAGCUGCGAAUGCCACACUGAAGUGUUUAAGGAUCAUAAAACUAAAUGAUUUGGUGGAAGAGUUCGAGAACAAACUAAAAGCACCGGUCCAGGAGAGCAACGCUCAGACUGCAGUCAGUGUUGAUGUUAAAGCUGAAACAGGUUCAUUUGUGGAUGUUCCUGUACUUGCUGGAAACACAAUCACAGGACCAGUAAACAUAUUUGGUUUAAAACCUACAGGAAAUGUUGAAUAUAACUGCACAGAAACGGUAGAGGCGCACACAGAAAAACGAGAAUUUUUAAGGCUGCAGAAGUUCUUGGAAACACACAAAUCCAUCAUGAAGAAGAAAGCAGAACGCAUUUUUGAGGGCAAGAAAGAAAACGAAGCCCAUCUUAAGGACAUAUACACCGAACUGUUCAUCACCGAGGGAGACGUUGAAGACAUCAAUCGAGAACAUGAGAUUAUGAAGAUGGAUGGUGCUUACAAAACCAAGAAAGCACAGGACAGAUCGAUCAAAUGCAAUGACAUAUUCCACUUAUUGAGGGAAAAUAAUGAGAGGAAGAUUGUGCUGACCAAGGGCAUUGCUGGCAUUGGAAAAACAGUCUCUGUACACAAGUUCAUUCUAGACUGGGCCGAAGGAAAAGCCAAUCAGGAUAUACACUGCUUGUUCCUGCUUCCAUUCAGAGAGAUUAACAUGAUUAAAGACAAAAAGCUCAACAUCCACGAGUUUCUUCAGGUAUUUUACCCUGAACUGAAGGACUUGGGGAAUUCAAAGUUAUACACCAAGUGUAAUCUAGCACUCAUAUUUGACGGAUGAGAGUCGACUGUCUUUAAAUUCCGAAAGAGGAA